UCGAAAACUGAUACAAAUUUUGUGAGGACAGGGACUUCCAUGUUCUGAUGAGGUUUUGUCCCCAGAAUCUGAAUAAAAAUCUAUUGAAUGAAACAUGUUUAUCUUUGUUAAGAAUGGCUAAAUUAGUGCAGUGCAUCCACAUAAUGGAAUGCUAAGUAGUCUCUAAAAACUUGUUUUAAAUGACUUGUAAUAUUGGAAAAUGCUUCUUACAUAUCUAGGAUAGGCAUUUCAAGACUAUGUGUAUAUAACGCAUUUCCAAUGAUGGAAAAAGUAUAUAUGCCUAGAAGAUAAUGUUAAGAAAUACACCAAACAAGAAACUCUUCUUAGGACGCAUGAUUAUGGGUGAUUUUAACUUUACUUUUUUUGCAUUUUCCAAAAUUUCCUCAAUAUGCAGGUAUUAUUUUUCCAAUCAGGCAUAGUUAUAGAAAUAUUAACUUAACAGUAAAUAUUUAGUCCUCACUUAAGGGUGCAGAAACUGAGGCGGGGGCUCCAGGCAGACCAGGUGGGCCGUGGGUAAUCACGUCUCCCCGCACUUCCAAGUCCCCGAGGAGCCCCUCCUUCCUCCGUGCUUCUCCUGUCACCUGUUCCCCACGGCCCCUUACUUAUUACGACGAAGGGUAAUGUACGAUGACCGAGGGACACGCCAUGUGUGGAGCCUUUUAAAGCAAGUGGCGAUGAUGGGAUAGGGUCCGGCUUCAUCACACUCGGCCAGGCCCCAGAGCCGGCAGCCCUCCAAGCGGGGCACUGAGUCCCUCCGCGUUCAGCACGACUGGCGCGCGGACCGGGGUGCGGCAGGCCUAACCCCGCAGAGCUCCGGCCGCAGCCUGCCGGAGGGUCCCGCUCCCAGUUCAAUCAGCAGCACGCACAACUGCCCUUGCCCACCGAUGGCGGCCGCCCGUUAGGCCAGCUAUAUCAGCCAGUCCUCCGCGUGGCCUCAGCCUGACGCCGAGGAGCCCAGGGCACGACGGUAGCCCCGCGCCUGGAGAUAAGGAACUGUCAGCAGCGAACACCUUAGCUUCCGUCCGCCGUGUCCGCAGUCCACCACCAAAACCGUGCGCAGGAGGCGGGCACGCGGCCUGAGUCCCCAGCCGACAUUUGGGUCCUCCCGAGCUCCUGGAUGCGGAUUGGUCACCCCCAAGCUCCAGGCCGCGGAUUGGUCGCUCUGUCUGGGCGGGGCCAUGCAAGGCUCUGCGCGCUCUGUCUGUGAGUGAGGCGGGGUCGGAGGGUUCCCGCUCGGAAGCUGCCGGCAGCUCUUCGGUUCCGGGACGCGGGACGCGGCAGGCUGCGUCCUUGAGCUCUCUGCCUUCCCCGGAGGCCCCCUCGGACGGGAGCUGAGCGUUUCUUGGCGCUGCCCGGCAGGCGCGGAGCCGGACCAUGAGCGUGGGCUUCAUCGGCGCCGGCCAGCUGGCUUCCGCUCUGGCGUGGGGCUGCGCGAGUCCCCGCCGGGCCUGUGAACCGCCCUCCACCCAAGAAUAUAGGUGGACGAGCGAAGAGGGCCUUGCGCCUGCUGGCGCCGAGUCGCUUCUUUUAAGCUGCAUGACAGCCCUGUGUGCGCGGUCCGGCCUGGAGGGCAGAGGCAUCCUGUCCGCUCACAAGAUAAUAGCCAGCUCCCCGGAAAUGGACCUGCCCACAGUGUCCUCGCUCCGGAAGAUGGGUGUGAACCUGACCCAGAGCAAAAAGGAGACAGUGAAGCACAGUGACAUCCUCUUCUUGGCUGUGAAGCCGCACAUCAUCCCCUUCAUCCUGGAUGAGAUCGGGGCCGAUGUCCAGGCCAGGUACACCGUGGUCUCCUGUGAGGCCGGUGUCACCAUCAGCUCUGUGGAGAAGAAGCUGAUGGUAUUCCAGCGCCCCAAGGUGAUUCACUGCAUGACCAACACACCUGUGGUGGUACGAGAGGGUGCCACGGUGUAUGCCACAGGCACGCAUGCCCUGGUGGAAGAUGAGCAGCUUCUAGAGCAGCUCAUGAGCAGUGUGGGCUUCUGCACAGAGGUGGAAGAGGACCUAAUUGAUGCUGUGACAGGGCUCAGUGGUAGCGGGCCUCCCUAUGCAUUCAUGGUCCUCAAUGUGUUGGCUGAUGGUGGGGUGAAGAUGGGCCUGCCACAGCGUUUGGCAGUCCGACUGGGGGCCCAGGCUUUGUUGGGGGCUGCCAAGAUGUUGCUAGACUCGGAGCAGCACCCAGGCCAGCUCAAGGACAAUGUCUGCUCCCCGGGGGGUGCCACCAUCCAUGCCUUGUACUUCCUGGAGAGUGGGGGCUUCCGCUCCUUGCUCAUCAAUGCAGUUGAGGCCUCUUACGUCCGAACACGAGAGUUACAGUCCAUGGCUGACCAAGAAAAAAUCUCCCCAGCUGCGCUCAAGAAGACCGUCCUUGACAAAGUGAAGCUGGAGUCCCCCACGGUGUCCACACUGCCCCAUUCCAGCUCAGGGAGGCUCCUCACAGGAAAUCACGCCCCAGGAGACAAGAAGGACUGAGGCAGCUUCUGCCUGCCUUUAAUGAGUAGGGCCCUCAACUGGGGGCUGGGCAGCUCCAGCAGGCUCAGAUAGUUUCAGGUCCUUGUGCUAAAUCCUCCUUAAGUCCAUCCAGACCCUGCAGCUCUAGACCCCUUCCCCUGCCAUGUUGUGAGAUGCUCUGAAGAGAGAGUUGAUGCUGGGGUCAGAUGCAGUUCGGCAGACCUCCUGCUGCUGGAGGAGAAAGGCAUGGUAAGAAGGUCUGGAGAGGAGGGAGGUUGUGACAGCUUCAACUGGGGUCCUCUAGCUGGAGCCCAAGGCAGGGUCAGUGUAAUGCCAAGCCAGGGGGGUGAGAGGUGCAAACAUGACAAGGACUUUUCUCUUUGGAUUGAUAAAUGGAAAAGAAGUGAGUGACUUAGAAUUGUCACAAUUAAUCAGAAACAGAAAAGUAGACUAUGCUUAUAUUUAACCCCUGCUUCAUAGGUGUACAGUUGAAAAAAUAUUCUGUACUGCUAAGUUGAGCUGCUUUAAUAAAGUUUUGUUUUGUAUUACCCUA